AUGACUACUUUAAACCACACUGGUGUGAGCUACAAGGUCUUCUAUUUGCUGGGCAUCCCUGGCCUGGAGGACCAGCACAAGUGGAUUUCUAUACCCUUCUUCGCGUCCUACAUCAUUGCUCUGCUCGGAAACAGCCUGCUCAUCUGCAUCAUCCUCACGAAGCACAGCCUCCAUGAGCCCAUGUACCUCUUCCUCUGCAUGCUGGCUGGAGCAGACAUCAUCCUCUCCACGAGCACAGUGCCUCAGGCCUUGGCCAUCUUCUGGUUCCAAGCUGGGGCCAUCUCCCUGGAUCGCUGCAUCACUCAGCUCUUCUUCAUCCACUCCACCUUCAUCUCAGAGUCAGGGAUCUUGCUGGUGAUGGCAUUUGACCGCUACAUUGCCAUCUGCUACCCCCUGAGAUACACCACUAUUCUCACACACUCACUGAUUGGGAAAAUUGGUGUCUUCAUCUUUCUGAGAAGUUAUGGUACAAUUUUUCCCAUAAUAUUUCUUCUGAAAAGACUGAAUUUUUGCAAAAGUAGCAUUCUUCCACACACCGCUUGUGAGCACAUUUUCUUGGCCAAGUUUUCCUGUGAUGACAUACGAAUAAACAUCUGGUAUGGGUUUACCAUCCUCAUAUUAACGGUGGCUCUAGAUGUUGUGCUAAUUUUUGUUUCCUAUGUGCUGAUUCUCCAUGCUGUGUUCCGCAUCCCAUCCCAGGAUGCUCGCCACAAAGCUCUCAACACCUGUGGCUCCCAUGUCUGUGUCAUCAUCCUCUUUUAUGGCCCUGGAAUUUUCUCGGUCCUCACUCAGCGUUUUGGACGCCACGUCUCACCCCAUAUCUACGUACUGAUAGCAAAUGUCUGCAUUCUGGCUCCACCUAUGCUGAAUCCCAUCAUUUAUGGGAUCAAGACCAAACAGAUCCGGGACCAGGUAACCCAUAUCUUGUUUCCAAAGAAGAUCUGA